UCAGCCAUGGUCCAGGAUGUUAACAGAAGUGUCUCUUCUCACAUGCUUUGUUGACGUACUGCGUACUGACGUACAAAUGACGAGUCAUUAGGUCCGCAUAGCAGGUCCUAGCAGGCGCUACACACGGCUUGGUUCAAUCGAGGAGGUCUCUGGGAUGCAAGCUGCAGAUCCGCUGUGGUCAGGUGCACGCUGUGCUCCUUGGGGCACAGUCCGAUUGGCAGGCUUUCUGAGGGGGCCUUUAUUCACAGAACAUCACGACUCGAUGGCAAAGGAGAGACACGGAUAGCAGGCACAGGCUAGUAUUUUUUUGUAAAGAGGACCUUUCUACAAAAGUGGCACAGCAGAUCUUUUGGAUAGUAAUCCUGCUGGUUUUUUAGUACAUGGAUUCUCUCUGCAUCACUGCCUGAAAUGAGGUUCCGUAUCUACAAAAGGAAGGUGGUUAUACUGACCCUGGUGAUGCUGGUUUGUGGCUUUGCAUUCUGGGGUGCUAGCAAGCAGAAGAAGGGUGAGAUGUUCCCCAAGGAGGGGGCCAUAGCGAGGGGCAGCCAGGCGCUAAUAACCCCCGCCAGCCGGAGGCCGAUCAACGAAACGAAGCUGGAGCCAGCAGCAAAAGCCGAGGUGGACAACCUGACUUUGGUGCUGAGGGGCAUCGUGUUCCAGCUGAACUUUGACCAGACCAUCAGGAACGAGGAGCGGUUCAAGUUGCGCCCCAAGGAUGACCUGGUAGUGGUGGUGCAAGUUCACAAUAGACUCGAUUACCUGAAGCUGCUGAUAGAGUCUCUCAAGAAGGCAAGAGGCAUUGAGAAUGUGCUGCUUAUAUUCAGCCAUGACUACUGGUCGCCAGAGAUCAACCAGGUGGUAACCUCCAUCAACUUCUGCCAAGUUCUCCAGAUUUUCUUCCCCUUCAGCAUCCAGCUUUACCCUCAAGAGUUCCCAGGGAAUGAUCCAAAAGACUGCCCCAGAGAUAUUCCCAAGAAGGAUGCCUUAAAGUUGGGCUGCAACAAUGCAGAAUACCCUGACUCAUUUGGCCAUUACCGAGAGGCCAAGUUCUCCCAGACCAAGCACCACUGGUGGUGGAAGCUGCACUUUGUCUGGGAGAGGGUCAAGGUCUUAAAGGACCACAACGGGCUGGUUCUGUUGCUCGAGGAGGACCACUUCCUGGCGCCGGACUUCUACCACCUCCUUAAGAAGAUGUCCGCCCUGAAGAGGGAGCAGUGUCCAGACUGUGACCUCCUAUGCCUGGGAUCGUACGGGCACACCAGCCACGCCGCCAAGGCGAACAAAGUGGAGGUGAGGGCCUGGAAGUCCACAGAGCACAACAUGGGCAUGGCCCUGGGUAGGGAGACCUACCGGAGGCUCAUCCAGUGCACGGACACUUUCUGCACCUAUGACGACUACAACUGGGACUGGUCACUGCAGCACCUCACCGUCGCCUGUCUGCCCACCUUCUGGAAGGUGAUGGUGAGCGAGGCGCCCCGUGUCUUCCAUGCCGGGGACUGUGGGAUGCACCAUAACAGGCCCUGCCUGCCAGCGGGCCAGAAGGCCAAGAUCGAGAGCAUCAUCCUGAGCAGCAGCAACCAGCUGUUCCCAAAGAGCCUGCUGAUCACCAAGAGACUGCCUGCUGUCGGGGUGCCGCCCCACGUCAAGAACGGAGGCUGGGGGGACAUCAGGGACCACGAACUCUGCAAAAGCUACCGCAAGUUACAGUGACUGCCU